AUGGCGGAUGAACUAGAUAAAACCAUUGGUGAUGUUUUCAAACAAUUCGAAAACUCCUUACACCAGGAAGAGACAACGCAAGAGAACAAUCAGGAAGAUCAACCUAUGGACUAUCACUAUGAUUACCAGUAUGACUAUAAUGAGAAUUUGGAGGAUGGAGAUAAUUUGGAUGAUGCCAUAACAAACGUAUUCGAUAGUUUAAAGAACGAACUAGAGCAACACCAACCUGAAGAACAGGUUGAGAAGGAAGAACAGAAGGAGGAACAAGGAGAUGAUGAUUUGGCCAAUGCCAUAAGUAACGCAUUACAAAGUAUCAAUGAAAUACGACCUGAGUAUGAAGACAAGGAGACAGAACCCCAAGAGGAAGUACCAGAACCAACUGAAGACCAACACCAAGCGCAAGACCAGGAACAAGACAAUGAACAAGACAAACAACAAGAACCUAAGGAACCCACGCCGUCAACACCAACUGAACCUGAGAAAGAAGUACCCUAUUCACCACUUGAAAUGGAGAAAGAUGAUGAUUUAGAUCUUGAAAAUGCUAUUGGUGAUGCCUUUGCAUCAUUAAAACAAACAGAAGAGCCACAACAGCAAGAAGAGCAAGACGAGAAAGAUGAAGUUGAUGACGAUGAUUUAAGUAAAGCUAUCACUGAUUCCAUCAACAUGAUUAAAGAUAAAAUCCCCCAAUAUCAACCAACUAAAGAUGAUGAAAAGUUACAGAAGACUAUUGCUGAUGCCAUGAAAUCAGUUAUUUCCGAACCUAGUGAACCUGACUUGAAUAAUACUCAAAUGAAUGAUAUUUUAGUUAAUGCCUUUAAUAUGGCCAUGGAGAAUCCCCAGGAACUUCUUAAUAUUGAUGAACCAAAGAAAUUAUCCAUUGCUGAAACUUUAGCUUCUCAUGGAACCAACAAUUCACAAUUAUCUAACAUCCUUUUGAAUUUGGAUAGUUCAGGAGGUAUAGUGAAUAUCAUUGAACAAAUAGCUUCAUUCAUUAACAAUUCCAACUUUCAAGUAUUUAAACAUUCCAAUAAUCUAAUGAACACCAUAGCUUCAUAUAAAAAUCAACCAGAGAUUUUUUUGACCAGUUUGACCAUGGCUAAACAUUAUCUUCAGUCAAUUAAUAAAGUCAAAUGUAUUCCUUCUAUUGAUAAUGUUUUAUUGUUAUUGGGUAAGAAUAAUGGUCCCCUUAUAGAUUAUAAUCCCAACCUUAUCACUUUAAUCAUCAACUCCAUCAUCAAUGUGAUAUCCAAUUAUCAGAGUUCUAAAUUAAAACCACGAAAUGAUUUGGAACAUAAGGAGAAAAUUCGAUUAGAAAAUAGAGAAAGAAAGAAAAGAUGGAGAGAAGUUCAUAGUGAAAGAAAUAAAGAUAACGAUUUAAGAGCAAGAGUACAAAGAAGAGCUAACAUUAUGUUUGGACCCAAUGGUUCAGAUGAAAAGACUCGAUGGAUGGAUGAAGAAUUUAUCAAAAGAAAGGAGAAACGUUUAUCCCGACAAUUAAAAGAUAAAGAAGAUGUUAAAACAUCAACAAAUAAGAUUAUCAAUGAUAAGAACUUGAUCAAAUUAAUCGAUGACUUUUUCACCAUAUUUUCCAACUUUUCUCCUAAAGAUGAUAAUGAAACGGGAUUAUAUACCACAACCACUACCAUGGCAUGUGUAGGGAUAAUUUAUUUGACGAAGUUUGGAUAUAUCGAUGUUAAAAGGAUUGAUUCCAUCAUAACAUCUGUAGUGACUAAUCUUAUAGAAGGGCUUAAUGGUAUUGAUAAUCAAGAGAGAAUCGGCUAUUUAUCUAAAGGUGCAAGAUUCUAUCUCCCAUCAUCCACCGAAACCGACGAAUUCAAACAAACUACGAUUAAUGAUAAAGAUCCCAAGGAAAAGAUUGAUUUGAAAUUCCCCAGGUAUAAGAAUCAAAAGAAGGAAGAACCAAAACUUAAGAAACCAGCGAUUUUUAAAAGACCUGGUUAUCAAGUUAAAGAAGAAGAUGAAAGGUUUCCAAAGUUAUAUUCUACCACUUUGAAACCAUGA